CAUUCUGUCCAGAGUAGAAUUAAAUCGUAUUUACCAUGUAAAGAUGUACUUGAAAGGAAUUCACUUGAUGAGGGUUGUGAAGAAAUUGAAGGAGCAGCUAAGAAACUGUCUUCAGCUUCAACGUCUAUUUUAUCAGAUCAUGACAUGAACAUUGUGGAUUUGAUAAGUCCAGAAAAACCUGUUUUGAAGACUAAUUCGAAACCGCAUUCUGUCCAAAGUAGAAUUAAAUCGUAUUUACCAAGUAAAGAUGUACUUGAAAGGAAUUCACCUACACAAAAGAGAAGUUCUAUUUUGGUGUGUGAUGAGGGAUGUGAAGACAUUGAAGGUGCAGUUAAGAAACUGUCUUUAGCUUCAACGUCUACUUUAUCAGAUCAUGACUUGAACAUUGUGGAUUUAAUAACUCCAGAAAAUCCUGAUUUGAAGACUAAUUCGAAAACGCAUUCUGUCCAGAGUAGAAUUAAAUCAUAUCUACAAAGUAUAGAUGUACUUGAAAGGAAUUCUCUUUCACAAAAGAGCAGUUCUAUGUUGGUGUGUGAUGAGGGUUGUGAAGGCAUUGAAGGUGCAAUUAAGAAACUGUCUUUAGCUUCAACGUCUACUAUAUCAGAUCGUGAUUAUGGGGAUCCAUUUGCUGCGCUAUUGGCAGUCUGUGGACAGUCAGUUCCCUUGACAUUGCUGGAAGUAUUCUCUAAAUAUUGGUUUGUUCUUUUUCCCAUCGUGCAGCUGCUCUUUUCCCCUACACGAUGCUCUCACAUAUAUUCAUAUUGUUGACUCACAAGAGGUCAUUAAACAAUGCAUGCGU